GAUGAACAUAGAGCAACAAGUCUUAUGGGCAGGAAAGCAUUUAAAUCAAUAUACAUUCAUUUAAAUUAAAGGAUCUAUUAUGACCUCACUCAGCAUGUCACCACACUGUCUUCACCCUGAGAGAUGCCAUCCUACUACCUAUCCUCGAGAUCUUAUAUCAACAAGUCUAAUCUUACCAUCUAUAAAGGCAUACAGGUGAACACACCUCUUCAUCUUUGUCGUACUUUUGUCACCCGAGGCCAUUAGUACACAGAACUUUAGACUCUAUCACUACAGUACAGGUGCCUGGUGUCCCUGAGGAUUGUGCAUGGUUUCCCCUUGGAAUAUUUGGUUUCUCCGUAGACGUGUGCGAGCAGAAAGGAGUGGAACUGAGGCAACAUGUGUGCCAUGUGCAGCAAUCAUCAGCAGCCGUUUCAGCUAAAGACUUUCAGACAGUUUAUGUACUGCAGUACUGUCAUCACCAUCCUCUCUCUCAUGCUGCUCUAUACCUACAAGGUCGACAAGAUCAAGUUCUACAAAGCAACCAGUGAGCCUCAGAUCUUUGUGCAACCCACAGUGCCUCAACAAUGUGGUCAAGGACAAAUAGUUCCUCAGGGACAAAAGGUGGCAGUCAACAGGACAAAAACGCUGCUCAUAUCAGCUUAUCAGGAGCACCGUACAGGCAGAAAGGAGGUUCGUGUUAUUGCAGUGGUGCUGAGGAGUGAGACAGUAGCCUAUCGCUGCCUCCUCUGUUGUCAUGACCAACUGUACAUCUCUGAAGGUGUCAGCAACAUCCACGCUGAUCACUUUGGUUUUGCAUAUGGGACAGCAGACAUCAUGUGUCCUCUCCCCUCAGGCUGUGAGACUCCAUCUUAUAUCACCGUGACCUCUGCUGCAGCAGACUCUGAAGAUAAACCUGACAAAGAGUUUUUGGAAGUGAAUAACCAGAAGGCCAUAAAUGACUCCUUUCCUUACAAUUUCACCGUCUGCCUCUCCACCAUGUUUGAUUUCACCAACGUGCUGCAGCUGGUCCAGGGUUUGGAAAUGCUGCAGUUACUGGGGGUGAACAGAGUUGUCAUCUAUAAGACCAGCAACAGCCCUGAAAUAAAGCACGUACUGGACUACUACACACAAAAAGGUUUAGUAGAGGUGAUUCCUUGGUCUAUGUCCAGAUUUCUGAAUGUAUCUCGAGGCUGGCUGCCUGAACACGGUCCAGGUGACCUCCACUACUUCGGCCAGAUUCCUGCUCUCAGUGACUUUAUUUACAGAUACAUGUACCAGUCCAGAUAUGUGGCCCUGCAGGAUAUAGAUGAGCUCAUACUGCCCCAGUCAGUCAACAGUUGGUCGGAGCUGUUGCCUCUGCUGGAAAAGAAAUAUGGGGCUGACAAGUGUUACAUGUUUGAGAAUAACGUGUUCCCCAACACCAUCACUCUGCCUCCUCCCACCUCCGAAACUCUGCCCCCGCAGAGCCGCUGCUGCCCCGGCUGGCAGAAUGUAUCCGGGGUGAACAUUCUGGCUCACCUGUACCAGGAACCCAUCAUUAAAGAGACUCAUUACAGCAACUUCAAGAUAAUUGUCAACCCCCGAGCUGUGUUCAUCCCAACCGUCCACGGGCUGCUGCACUCACUGAACGGCUGCUCCUGGGUUGACAGGAAUAUAGCACGGAUGUACCACACCAGAGCUCCAAAACAACCCAAUCUGACACCAGACCAGCUGAUUUAUGAUGGCCGACUGCUGAGCUACAGUGCCCAGCUCACAUCGACUGUCAAUACUGUGCUCAUGGAGAGUGGACUUCUACCAGAGGAUUGUGUGUGUGUGUGUGUGCUAGAACAAGAAGCCAAGUUGUAACAGGAAUAUGCAGACAUCUUUUUUAACGUCUUUUAAAUAAAUAUAUGUUUUAAGGAUAUUUGCCUUUAUUGACAGGACAGCUCAGGAUAGACAGGAAAGGGGGAGAGAAAGAGAGGAGAUGACAUGCAGCAAACAGCCACAGGUUGGACUCAAACCCCAGCUCUACCAGGGGAGCUACAAGGACGCUGCUGCAAAGGUGUUUAAAGACACAUAUAAUUGAAUUGACACUGCUAAAGUGUGAAACCGGUGAAAUGCAUCGUUUCCUGACUAAAAUGACUGAGUUUGAAUAUUGUUGGAAACAUUUGGGAUAAUGGAAGUACACAACUCAACAUAAUAUAUAACAUAGGUUGCACAUCAAUGAGCCACACUAGUUUAUUUUGACUCAAUCACACAUACACUGUCCUGCUGUACAAAUACUCACAAAAAAUAGUCCCCAAUGAGUGCAUUACAAAUUUCUUCCCCUUUGAGUUCAAAGAGCUGCAUUUCCUGUUUGUAUCAUUAUUUCCUUGUUUGGGUUAUUUUUUCCAUACUGUAUAAUUCAUUUUCUUUUGUGAUUGAUUUAUGAUUAAUUUAAUUUACUUUUUAGAGUUGAGCCUUGAUAUGAAGGACAAUCACAGUUCUGUAUCAGUUACUGUUCAGUAAAUGAAUGAAUCUGUUGAGGAGCAGGUCUUCUAAUGUUUGCAGACAAUAAAACACCUCUGGCAGCUUCAGUUGACAGAAUAUUUUGUAUCUAUGCUAGCACUGUUCAGAUAAAAACAAUGGUACAUUAGAAUUGCACCAACUUACCAAGAGAAGGCUACAUUAACUAAAUAUAGAUGACAAGCCAUUGCACUGAUGUUCACUGUCGUAUAUGUUUCUGUGGAAUACCUUAAAAUGUGAGAAACGUGAAGAAACUGUUCACAAAAGACAGAAGGAAAUAUUAACUUGAAACUGUUGCUGCCUUUUUACACAUUUGUUCAUUAAGUUAUUGUGUAAUGUCAUUGUCUGAAGAAAAUCCUACUGUAUUUUUAAUAAAGGUUUGGGACUGGA